ACUUCUGCAUCUGCUGUGCAGGGCUCUGCAAGAGGAGCUGAAUGAUUGGGAGUUGGAAAGAACUGCUCAGGCCCUCGGAGAAGGGAAUGGAAGAGGCACGAAAGCAUCCUCAGGCAACACAGCUUUUGAGGAAGAGGAUGAGAAGAGGUUGUUGUUAAUCCUUGGUGGGGCAAAGAGGAAGUCCUUGCAGGACUGUGCAGGUGAUCGGGAGCUCUGUGUGUAAAGUGGAAUCCCUGGUCCCUCGUGUGGUGUGAAGUGGAAGUGGACGGGUCUCGCCUUGGAAGGGAGGAGACCGAGGGAGGAGCCUGGUGAGCCUGACCUGGGACCACAGAGGGUCUUGGAGAACAUCCAGCACCUUUGGAGCUGACACCCAGGGCAGCCAGAUGGGCUCUCCCCACCUCAUGGGGUUGGGUUUCCUGCUCCUGGCUAUUGCAGCUCCCUGUCCAAAUGUUGCCAUGGCCAGUGAUCACCCUGCUGAGAGGACCCACGACUCUUCCUCUGGCAAAACAACUGUGACAGUCUACUGCUGUAAAGACUGUGAAAUCAGCAAAUGUGAAACAGGCAGUUUUGAAAGAUUUAUAAAAAUCGCUGAAACAGAAAACGAGGUGUUUUCAAAUGGAAUAAUUGAUUUGGUGACUGGGGAAACACACAUCCUCAUGUGCUUUCAGCAAGCAAAUACUUUUCCUGAAGGAAUUUAUGGCAUCUUCUGGAUAAAACCCGGGGGAUUAGGACACUCGUGUGCCAUCCUGAAUUCUACAGCUUUCCCAGAAAAUGAGAGAGGUAGUAACAGUAUGGAGGAGAAUAAAAUUUGCUGUAAAGCAGAAACAAAUGUCUGGAAGUCCAGCUCUACAUUGAAUUGCUACCCUGAAAUGUCAAGUGCAGAAUCCAGAAAAUCAACAGCUGACAACCCUGGCAAAGAAAUUCCAAGUGAUCCUGAACUUUCCACCAGCAGCAUCUUCCUCAUAUCGCUGCCGUUCUUUGUACUUUGUGCAGCAGUGCUCACCAUUUAUUGCUACUGGCGGCAUUCGACCGGUAAAGUUCUGCAGCCCUUAGGCAACAUAAACAGGCUUCAGAUGAGGAGAGCCUCACUUGUUUGAAAACCAUCUGCAAAUGAGAAGACCUCUAUGCCAGCAGCAUCUUCCUCUGUCCUGAUGUACAGCAACCAGCUGAAGCAACAGAGGCUGAUUUCCAUGAGACCUCGUGGUUCCAUAUUCACAAAUAAUCUGUUUUUCACAAAUGAUCUUCUCCACAUCCACAUGUUCACAGAGGACUGUGAUUGCACAGUUGUCCAGCCCCAGGCCUUCACGAGCAGCACGAGCAGCACCCUGGAUGUCCCGUCCUCUCCCGGUGCUUGGCUGAGGACAGCAGCCCUCACAAGGUGUGUGGCUGGCUCAGCAACAGAGCUUUAAACCAGCUGAAUUAUCUCCAGCUGUGUGCUCUGUUUUCUGGAGGUGUCUACAGGGUUUGUCCUCAGCAAGUGCUUUGUUCUUUGCAAUGUACACAGGCAAAUAUUUUUAUUCACAGAAUUAUGGAAUGGGUUGGGUUGGAAGGGAUCCUCAAGAUCAUCUUAUGAAAUAAAAAAAGCACUAAUGAUACUAA